GCGGCUCCCAGCAUGUCAUCGAGGCUGAGGCAGACCUCAUCGAGCAGCGAGUUCACAAAAGAUUGUAUCAAUCUCGUUCGCCUCGUGGAUCGACUAGAAGCAGGCUAUGUGCCUUCAUCAGCAAGCGAGCCGACCAACUUAUCGACCAAGCGAUCACUACCUCGCCUCAAGGAGAUCUCCAACUUGCCUGCUGCAGAUCGGUACUGGAAGACACAGUCUGAGCUAUCGACAGUCGCCUAUGCACGCUCACUUCAAGAGCGGCUUACCCAAGAAGCUGGACCAGUGCUCGUCUCCAGUCGAUCAGGAGAAGUGAGAGAUCCUCAGCUGAGCGACAUUGCUCGUCGACUCGCUCUCAUCGAAUCACGCAUCAAAGAACUCCAGCUCGACCUCAAGCCGCCAGAGUAUGGCCAAGCCAAGCGUCUACGGCCGGACUUCCUCAAACCUGCAGAACCGACAAUGCCCCAGCUUCUGCCACCGCCGCCCGUGAGCGUCAGCCCGAGCGCGACGCUCAAAGAGGCUAGUCCCUUUGGCGACACCACCACGCCCAACAGAGCUUCGCUAGAUCAAGGUCUGAUACAUGUAGAAGAUGCUGUACCUAUACCCGAAGCAGAUGGUCCUGCGGGCUCGACGGCAGUUCGAAGAGCGACGCUGGCCAGAAACAGGAAAUCGUCGCAAUACGGUCGCGCCGAGUCUGCCAGCACAGACGGUAUCGACACGCUGCUCUCACAUCAUAGAGAGCUUCAAGAUAACCUGACAGAGGAUCUCUCGACGAUGGCCCGGCAGUUGAAGCUCAACACCAUCAACUUUGCCAGCGUGCUCGAGAAAGACAAGAACGCCAUCUCUGAAGCGGAGACCAAGCUAGAAGGCAAUCUCGGCAAGAUGAAGCAACAGAGCGGCAAGCUGGGUGCUUACAAGAAGAAAGGUGGCACGACCACUUGCUUCAUCAUCGCCGCAGUCGCUCUGGUUGCUAUUGCCUGGUUCAUGAUCUUUGCCAUCAUUCGCAUCACCCCAAAAUGA